GCUCUCCUUUUCUCACUACAAGCUCUUGCUCUCCUUCCUUUUCUCUCUCUACCUAGUCAAAGCAACUCUAGUAGGAGAAACCAUAGGAGCCCAACCCAAUUUUUUUUAUUUUAAAACUACACCUCCAAAAGUGCUUCUCCAUUAAUUACUUCCACAAAAGCAAUGCUAUUGCUGUGACACUCCAAGGAGGUGAAAGAGCCACUAGCUCCUAAAUUCAGAAGCCAUUUAUCUGCUUCUAUCUGCUGCAUUGCUGACAUUUUCCAUUUUUCAGAGAGAGAGAGAGAGAGAGAGAGAGAGAGAGAGAGAAAAGCAAGGCUUUUUUUCUACUUGUGAAAGCAUGAUUCAACACAGAAAAGCAGGUGAAGAGAAGAGAGAUUCCUCAAGCCCCAAAUCAGUAAUCACUUCACUAGACCUCAAAACCCCAACUUAUUUGCAACCCUCAUCUCUUUUCCAAUCUGCCAAGAUGGAUUCAUCAGAAGAAGCUGACUCAAGCUUCUGUGACCCACUGUGCAAGCUCAACCUCAAGGAGACCUCAGAUUUUGUGAGGGCCUUUCCCAUGGCUGCUGCUGCUCCAAGAAGCAGCAGCAGCAGCAGCAACAGCAACAGCAGAGGCUUGAAUGAGUCCUCAGCUCAGAGGAGGAGAGGGGAAGGGAGGAGAUUGGAGGCCCCUCCCACUCCAGGGAGGCCCAUUUUCCACUUCACCCCUUCUUAUCUUUCCAAAAAGGGUGUGCCAUCAAAGUGGGAGGAUGCAGAGAAGUGGCUGAUCAGCAGCUCAUGCCAUGAAUCCCCUGCCCACCACUUGGUUAAAUCUUCAGACCCAUCAAAGAUUUCUAAGCAAAAUGGUGGCUUUGAUCAGAAAGGUGGUGGCUUUCCUGAGAAAGUUAGGGUUUGUGAGGAGAAGGGUUUCAGAAAUUCUGUUUCAAGCUUUGAUGGGCAACUUGUGCCCUUGGAUCCAAGUGUGGCUUUACAUGGAGCUUCUGCAGAAGUGCUUUUGAAAGAUAAGUUCACAGACAAUGUGGAACCAAUCCCCUCCAGUUUCCAAUACUCAGAGCCCGCAAAAAUGAGCUUUUUGUUCAAAAGUCCAUACAGUGCACCGAUGAAAGAUGCGUCGACGGAAGUAGCUUCUGCGCCGGUUCAGCGUAGAGAAGUCGGAACCGAAAUGACUCCUCUCGGAAGCUCGACUAAUUCGAGAAGCCACACUCCUAUCAUGAGCACUUCGCCGGCUAGACAUAACACUCCGGCUAGUCGGUCCGGGCUUUUGGUGCCUUACAAUCCUAAUUUAGAUAUUUCUGAACUAAAAGAUUGCCACUUUGCGAAGCUUGAGCUCAGUUUGCAAUACGAUUCGGUGGCCUCAAAUUGGAGCACGAGAGAGGAGGAGGAAGAGGAGAUCUCGAAGAGUUUGAGGCAUUUUGAAAUAAGCGGUGGGAGGAAGAGUGGUGUCGAGUUUAGAGCUUCGGCAUGGGAGGAGGAGGAGAGGGCUAAGAGUUGUAUAAGGUAUCAAAGGGAAGAGGCGAAGAUUCAGGCUUGGGUGAACCUUCAGAAUGCGAAGGCUGAAGCACAGUCAAGAAAACUGGAGGUCAAAAUACAGAAAAUGAAAUCAAAUUUGGAGGAGAAGCUGAUGAAAAGGAUGGCGAUUGUUCAUCGAAAAGCCGAAGAAUGGAGAGCUUCGGCGCAGUUACAGCAUACACAGCAGCUGCAAAAAGCAUCAGAUUAUGCACAAAAGAUUAGGAGCUCUAAUCUCUCAGUGCAAUAUUCCUGUGGUUGCUUUCCCUGCAACAACAACAACAACCACCACCACCUCUAAAGAAGAAAAUUUACUCAAAAUAAUAAAAAAAAAACCCCAACCUUUUUUUUUUUUUUUUGGUUCUCUUGCUGUUGUAGAAUCCAAAAGAGGCAAAAGAAGGAUCCAGUUGCCAUUACAGUGAUUUAUUUGGCUUAUCUGUGUGUUGUUCAAAGCAUAAUGGCUGUGUUGGGUUCUUUUAAUUCAUGUGAUUUGUUGGAUUGA